AGCGCGACCAGUUAGAUGCCUACAGUCGGCCCUAAGACGCUGAGUGCGCUGCAGCGUGUUUUAGUCGUUCGCUUAUCCCUCUUGCUUUUUACCCACCGCACACUCGAAGAUUUCCAGUGCGGCGCCCGCGUUUACAGGAAUUUUUAUAUCCUCCUCCGAUAGACUCGCGGGGCAGGAACCGGUAUACACCCAUAACGAUCUUUUCCUCGCGGCGCAAGUGCUACCAGCGAUGGUAUCCCAUUAGUGCAUCGGCGAAAUGCAGUGCUCCGAGAGGAGGAAUGGCUGAUGCUCGACGGUGCGAUUGGUGAACAGCGGAUACAAGAGAGAGAGAGAGAGAGAGAGAGAGAGAGAGAAGGAAAGCAGCUGCGAUCGGUGACACCGGCAUCAAGAUGACGAGAACGACGACUCUCCUCCUCCUGGCUCUACUCGCCAGCACGACCUCCGCGAUCUCGCCCUGUCCGUGGUCCAGCCAGGCUGAGCUGGAAAGUCCCUGCACCUGCGACUACAACCUGGCCCGAGAAUUGAGCGUCCAGUGCGAUGGGGCGGACUUUGGUCAGCUUCUCGCCGGGCUUCGGCGAUUCGCCUCCGGGCAAUCCAGGGUCGACCUGCUCUACGUCAACAACAGCACGAUCGGACUCCUGCGCAACAACUCGUUUGCUGGAUUUCGGGUGGUGAACCUCCAGCUCAGCGGAUGCAAGAUCAAGGGACUGGAGCCCGGAGCUCUGUCCGGUCAGGAGAACAGUCUCAAGAGUCUGAACCUGAGGGACAACGAGCUGCAGGAUAUACCCAGGGAGGCGAUGUCGCACCUGAAGAACCUAACGGUGCUGGACCUGUCCAGGAACAAGAUCGUCAGGGUACCGGAACACGUGUUCGCCGGGCACAAGCUGGUCACGCUGAAGCUCGCUGGUAACAGCGAGUUGGUACUGGAACCUGCUAGCUUCAGGGGCUUGGAGGGUAGCCUGAAGAACCUAAACCUGAUGGGCACGAGGCAACAGAGACUACCGGAAGCUCUGAGAGGUCUAGGUGCUCUGGCCUUUCUGGACCUGUCCCAGAACAGCAUCAGAGGACUGGGAGGUUCUUCGGGUUUCCAAGGACUGAACGCGCUGACAGGCCUGAACCUCGAGAGGAACCUGAUCCAGGCGAUCGGACCUGACGCCUUCGCCGGUGUCAGCACAACUCUGAGCUCCCUGAGUCUGCUGAACAACCUGAUCCCCGAGUUUCCCACCAGCGCCAUCGCCAGUCUGCGCGGACUCAAGGUACUGGACAUCGGCUUCAACCUGAUGACCGAGCUACCGGUCCGCGCCUUCGAGGGCAACCCUUCCAUCACCCUCCUGGCCAUCGACGGCAACCCACUGUCGACCGUUCCCGAAGAGGCUUUCCGAGGUCUCAACGGCACGCUCAGAGGUCUCAGCUUGGGCGGCCGAUUCCUCGUCUGCGACUGCAAGCUUCGCUGGAUCGUCGAGUGGAUCCGCAGCCGCGACCUCCAGGUCACCAGUCGCGAGAGCAAGCCGCAGUUCUGCGGCAGCCCGCAACGUCUGCAGGACAGGAAUUUCUACUCCAUCAAGCCCGAGGAGAUGACCUGCGAGCGACAGGCACCCGAGAUCAUAGGCGUCGGCACGGUUGAGAGCGUGGAACCGACGGGUGCCAUCCUGGACGCUCUGGAGCACCCUCAGCAACCGCUGAUACCCCAUCAUCCGAGUCCGACCACCGUCAAGCCCAACGUCCUCGGUUCCACCUCCAGGCCGACCACGCACUACGAGACGAGCACGAGCUCGAGCAUCAGCAGCAGCGUAGCCACCCACACGCCCACGACUCUGGCUCAGCCGAGCAGCACCAGGAGGCCGGUCAACAACGUCUACGUCACGCGCACGAGUAUCGCCCCGAGACCACCGCUGGUUCUCGGCUCGCCCUACAAGAGCAAGUCGUCCGACAGGGACAUCGUGCUGAAGGAGGUGCUGAGACAGGACAGCAGCGUGAUCAUCAGGUGGGACAGCGGACCCGCUGCCCUGGGAUUCAGGAUCAUCUACAGGGUGUUCGGCGACUCGAACUUCAAGAGCGCGCCCCCGCUCGAUCUCAAAGACAGGGAGUUCACGAUCAAGAACGUGCCGUCGCAGGAGUGCAUCGUGGUGUGCGUGAUGGGCGCGGAGGAGCCGAACCCGAGUCCCACGAACGUGCCGCACGCCCAGUGCCGGGAAGUGCGCACCGAGAGCUCGCCCACCUCCAACAUGGACCGGAUCACCAUAGCGGCCAGCGCGGCGAUAUGCGCGACCAUCCUGGCCGCGGCUCUGGUCUUCCUGGUGGCGAACAGGCGCAGGCGCAGGACUAGCUCGAGGAAGCUGCACACGCUGCAGGAGCCGGGCAAACUGCCGAUCGCCGGACUACCGGUCAACUGCUGCUCGAGCCUGGUGGGACCGACGCCGAGCCCCGGAGGCAUGGGAGCUCCGCUUCCCGGCACGCAGGCCUCCCUGAGCGCCUACAGCGUUCAGAAGGAGUGGGACCAGCUGUCGGCCUACAGCACCAGGAGUAUACCUCGGCCGAGGAUCUUCCCCGUGGAGAGGCAGGGAUCGGUGACGAGGAACUCUUGCCUCGAGGAGAACGUGCCGAAUCACGGACCGGCUUCGCUCAACGGACCGGGUCAUCCCAGAGGGCACUACUUUCCCGGGGCUUCGAUCGGGUCCAGCCUCGUUGGUCUCGGUGGUCGUGCAGAACUCCGGCACUCGAGACAAUCGCUGGCAGCGGCCUCGGAGCGCAUGGCCCGCGGUGGCUUCCCCUCGGCUGUUCAGCUAGCCCCCCAGGCCCAGAGCAGCGCCCGACGACAGCGGCCGCGUUCGCGCAACCGCGGCAUGGACCCCAGUCUGCCGCGACCCGGUAGCCGCUACAGCCUGGCCGAGUCGACGCACACCCUCAACAACUACGAGGAGAGCAACUGGACCGACCACGACAUGGACAUCUACAUGGCGCGCAAUCCCACGACGAGGGGCGGACUCGUGCCCCUCUGAUCCGAACGCUACGAUCAUCGAGCUUACUUUUGAGAAUCGACGACGACGACACCCGUAUCGAGCGGUGUCGCAACUAAGCGGGUUUCGCGCGAGCUGAGGUACGAGAUCUCGUGUCCUGUACAUAGAGUUUUUUACAAUGCGUCUGUGUAUUUCCUGAUUACGAAAGACGUUUUGGAAUGUACCUCGUGCGAGAGACAUUCUACCGCGAAACUCUACGAAUCUCGUUUCAAUCCUUCCGUGCUGACAGCAAAGAAUCAUAAUCCAAGCAAGUGCAAUAAAGCCUCUCAGUGUUUAAGUCAAAGGAAUUCGGUUGUAGAGAAAUAUCAAUAUAGCUCUAGUAUACAUAUCGUGUAGUAAUCUCUAAACUAAGUUUAUAUGUAGCUAGCGUUGUAAGUUCAAUCAAGGAAGCACGACUGAUCUAUUUUGUAAAACCGCGAACGGUACGCCGCCGCUCCACCGUCGCGACCUACAUUGCACUCGUUCAAAUAAGCGUAUACAAACUUAUAUGUACAUCAAACUUCGUCGUGUUCUUAUACGUGCUUUCCUUUUGUUAUACAUUCAACCUUUUGUACCGCCCUUUUUUUGUACACUCUCGAACGAAGCCGCUCGCGCGAGCAACUUCUUUUAUACUAUCUCUUGGUCCGACGUGUGAUAGAUAGGGAAAUCAAUAUGUAAAUCUGGUGCAUAUACGUAGCUGGGGAGACACAUCCGUGACGACCGGCCAAAGACUGUGCAGUGUGUACGAGAUUAUAAUUAUGCCAGCAAAGCUUCGCCUUGGUUUACGACGAAUACGUUAUGACUAUGCAUAUAUUAUAUAUUUAUAAUCGCGUUUUGAGAAACUCUGUAAGAUGAGUAAUUCUAUAGAUAAGCAAUAACACGCUCUCAAUCAUCAUAGUAUUCAUACAUCAGUUAUCUAUCUGUGUAUAUAUAAUAACGAAUAGACGAUACGCGCACUCGCCGUUAAUACAAUCGACGUGUACGGGCGAGAUAUUUUGUAUACUGUCUUCAAAGAAAGUCGACUCCUUUUUUUUUAUUCACGCAUGAACUGGAAAUAUGUUAGAAAUAUAAAUAUACGUGAAAAUGAAGAAAAAACACA